GGAGAGGGGAGAGGGGAGGGGAAGCGAAGCAAAGAAAAGCUGUGGGUCUCGAGGUGCUAACUUCGAAGAUCGCCUUGCUUCAAUUGGUGGAGGGAGAGAGGGGAGGUCCUUCCCACUCCCGCUCGCUUUGGAAGCAGUGGAUCUUGUGAGGCCUUUCGAGACAUUGUCCGCUUUUGAUCAGAGGUGCAAGCAAGCAAGCAAGCAAGCGACGCAGAGAGCACGGGAAAGCGUGAUCCGUGUUGAAUGUUGGUGCACUUGAGAGCGAGUCAGGGGGUGGGAGGGAGGGAGAGGGAGAGAGAGAUCGAGGGAGGGAGACAGAGUCACCACCAUCACCACCACCACCACCACCAUCACGCGGGCUGGCUGUUACUUUGGAGCAUUUGGUGGAUCUCGGAUUAAGCUUGCGAUCUCUGGCUCGGUCGCCGUAGUGCGUGCACUGGACCGCAAGAUCUUUAUAUCGAGGUCCGGGGAAUUUGCCAAUUUAGUGUUUACCGGCAGAGGCAGGGAGAAGGCGAGAGGCAUGGUUUUGUGUCUCGGGGAUCUUCGCCGGUUGGUGUAGCCGUCGCGUUGAAAAGGAGGACAUUGACAGGAGCGGAGGAUUUUUUUUAUUUUUUUGUGCAUGUGCGCAAUGUGUGGGGAAGAGAGGUGGGCCGAUGGUGAGGAUACUUCUUGAGCAGCUGUGACUUUCGAUGAUCCAGGCUCUUUGUAGCUUGGUCAGUGAUGAUGAGGAAUUCCUCUUGACGUUCUCGCAUUGUCACUGGCAUAAUUGACGUCCAAUUUUGGGCGUACGAUUCGUAUCGUACAGAGUUCUUGCCAGCUCUUAGGAGGCGAGGCCGGUGAAGGAAGCCAGUAACGAGGAAUUUCAGGGAGAAUUGCUUGGAUCUAGAACAGUAAUUGAGCCCCACAACUCGACGGGACAGGGUUCUGGAACAGUCAUACAGCAGAUCAUCAUGAGUUGAAUCAUACGGAGCCCGACAUGUUGAGGUCCUCCAGAAUGGCGGUUGAGUCUCACUCAAAAGCUAAUGGCUGCGGCGUUCAUCUUCCAGGAGACCACGGGAAAUUUCGUCUCUUGAUUGUUGGUGCGACUUCAACUGAGUCCAAUUCCCAAUAUUUGUAGUGAACAACUCCCUUCGACUAGCGGAAAAGUUUUUUGUUACACCGAAGCGUUUCGACUUACAUCUCACUUUCCCACGGAGUCUUACUUCUGGCAGGAGGCGGAAGUAAUUCUCAGCGUUUCCUUGUGUGCACACUCUGGGCCGAAUAUCCGGUGACAGCAUCGCCACAAAUUGGCGUAAAAUCGUCAUUGCGUCGUCGAAAUUCGUAUCUCGUAUCGUUUUUCUCUCGCACUAUCACCUGCCUUUAAGCCUCUCAGUUAGAUGCCAGGGAUGGGGCAGCAACGAAGGCGGCAGCGGCGUUCGGUGGAAGGUGUGCAGGGUAAUCGGCGCAUCUAUGAUCCUCGGCGCUGGCACAAGCGAACUAGCGGUACCAAUAACAAGAGUGUUAGUAAUUCGGGUCAACCACCAGCAGGAUGGAUGCUGGUGUGGGCGGGACGCUUCAAGCGAUGGCGUCGUCGUUGGUUUGUGGCACACCCACCUGGUCUCCUCCUUCAUUACAAGACAAGCGAGCAAAUUGGUCGACCCGGCUGCAUCAGCCUCCUUGAGGCAACCGCAGGUCCAACUCCUGGCAAGGAGCGGCAAAUCAAGAUUGUGAGGGGCUCAAUGGUCUACUACUUGCGCACCCUGAACAAGGAUUAUCGUCAGUCUUGGUUGGACGCCAUUCAUGAGUCCAUGCGGAUCUACAACAAAUCUGUACAAAAAGCUGCUGUGGGGGCCACGCCUGGACGAGGUCUUUUGCCUCAGCAGUCUGUACCAGAGCAUGUGAAGCAAGAAUGGGAAGCGCAAGAACGAGAGCUAAACAGGAGGCUAGCCGAGCGUUUGGAAGACCUUGAGCCAGCAAGCAAGGCAUUCUUGCAGCAAUUACAGCUACUCCAACAGUCACUGUCGGUAAUAUCAGGAGCACUGGGUUUUAGUGACAAGCCUGAAACAAUGGUAUCGUCCUCAAGCAACACUGAGCUGAAUAGGAUGCCAGAUGUCUGGAACGGGAUAGAGAAGGUGGAUGGAUAUUCGUUCCGAAAUUCUAGGAAUAAUUCAGGCGAUGAAGGAAAUCAGAGAUUGUCAUCACCUGAAGUUGGAGGAAGUGAUGCGUCUCAAAGCGGGCAAAAGUUUUCUGACAAUGGUUUUUCUCUUCCUGAAAAUUCUCGCACUCAAAGAUCCAUAUUCAAGUGGAAAGGAGAUGGCGAAAGCAAGCAGUGUAAGAAAAGAUCAUCGAAAUCUGCUCCAUCAGCCUCCCUCAUUUCCGAGAAGUCUCUAAGUAGGACAAAGAGGCGAAGUUUUUCCUUCUCAAUGGAUGAGUCUUUACGACAUCCCGAAUAUGUUUUCCUUCGUGAAGGAAGCUGCAUCGGCGGGGAAUGUUUCAAGUGGAAAAAGAAGAAUUCACAGGGAGAUACUGUGUUGAAAGGUCAUGUAUCCGAUUCCGAAGUGGUGUGCGCCAAUGGUUGUCCCCAUCCGGAUACUCUUAAGAGUCCGCUCUUGGGAGAACACAAGCCGAAAGAUAGCGAGAUAGAAGAAUCCUCUGUUCCAGCUUCCACGGAAUUGGUGGAAUCAGUAGCUGGUCCAAGUGAUGUCGACCAAUAUCCGGGUAUCAAGGAGAAUGGUAGCAGUCCCAAAAAUGGUUCGGAAAAAAUGGUCGUAGGAGGGUCUGCUCGACGGUACGCAAAAAGCUCAGAACUUGGAAUCCAUGGGUCCAAGUAUAGUAACAGGGAGAUAUCCGGGCGUUUGACAAUCGAUACUAAUACCACUCAAACUACAGAAAAAGUCGGUCCAGUUGUACAAGGACCUCUUCAUGCGGCAUGGCACAGUUUGCAAGAAGCUUUUGCUGAAGCACUGAAAGUUGAAAUUCAUAGAGUAUUGGAGCUGGAGGCCGAAAAUGCAGUUCUACAAGAGUCUCUUGCUAUGAUGCCACAACUUCAAAAGGACCGCACAGAUCUCUUGAGUUUGAGAGAGAGUUUGCAGAAAGAUGGGUCCCUAAGCCAUCAUAACAAGUUCAAGAGCGCAAGGAAUGGAGAUGCAGAAGAUGUUGAUGAUGACGAAUAUGCCCAUGAUACCGACGACGACAUUUCACUUGUACACACAGAACUUACAAAUGAGGAGUACUUUGAAGCGCUUGAAGUUCUCAAUCAGCAUGAUUUCAUCGCCAAGUCAACAACCACAGAAGAUCAGGAUGGUCUCUCUGACAGGGAAGAUGGUGGUCAAGAGCCUCCCGAAGAAGGUGACAUUCCAGUUGAUGCAGAGCUCAUGUCCGAAGCCGACAUUGAUGAACUUGAUCAACCUAGGACAAGGCUACCUUCACCGAGGCCGCUAUCCCGUGGUUUCAGCCUUUGGACUGUGCUGAAAAAUGCAAUCGGCAAGGAUUUAAAUCACAUUACUAUGCCUGCUACCAUUAAUGAGCCUUUGUCAGUGUUACAAAAGUGUGCUGAAGAGAUGCAGUAUCGUUACUUGCUGGAGAGGGCAGCUCAAGAGCAAAAUUCAGUAAAGCGCCUGCUUUGGGUUUCUACCUUUGCGUGUGCUUCGUACCAUGGUAGCAUUCAUCGUGAUGCAAAGCCAUUCAAUCCAUUGUUGGGUGAGACUUAUGAGUGGUUAGCACCAGACGAAAAGUCCUGGUUUCUUGCCGAGCAGGUGAGUCAUCACCCACCGAUCAUGGCUUUUCACUCGGAAGGUUCAGUAGGUGAUUAUACAAUCUAUGGGGAGAUUGAGAUCAAAAAUAAGUUUUGGGGAAAAAGUGUGGAGGUUCAACCUACAGGUGUGUGUCACUUACGCUAUGGCAAGCACGGAGACCAUUUUACGUGGAACAAAGUGACAACAUGCGCACACAAUGUAGUAGUAGGAAGGUUGUGGAUAGAUAACUAUGGUGAGCUGGUGAUAAAGAAUCACGCCACAGGGGAUACAAGUCGUAUUCGUUUCCAGAAAGCUGGGAGCAAGGAGCAGUGCCGCAUUUCUGGAAAGGUCUAUGAUUCCAAGGGUGUUGCACAGUACACUAUUCACGGAAAUUACAUGGAUAAGAUUUACGCGACUCCAGAGUCUUCAAAGUCAGAAGAUGGAAGAAACGAUAAGUGCAUGUGGAAGAGUCCUGAGGCUAUUGAGGACUAUCGGCAACAGUACUGUUUCACAAAGUUCUCUAUCGGGCUUAAUGAGCUCACGCCAAAGCUAGCGGACACAUUGCCACCAACGGAUUCACGAUUGCGACCAGAUCAGCGUGCUUUGGAGGAUGGAGAUCUAGAAAAAGCCACACCUGAGAAGCUGCGACUUGAAGAAAAGCAGCGUGAGGCACGUAAACUCCGGAAAGAUCGAGGUCAAGAUUGGCAAGUGCAGUGGUUUAAACAACGUGAGCCUGGUAUAUCACAGGUAAAGACAACUGAUGAUGGCGAGGAACCUUCCUGGGUGUAUGACGGUAAGUACUGGGAAGCACGAGAUAAACAAGCUUGGCAGGCCUGUCCAGAUAUUAUGUGACUUCCAUGAAGUGUACUGCACUGUCCUCCCCAAAAUUUUCUCGGCCUAACGACCUAUCUCCUUGUUGAGGGAAAACAGAGAGGGUUUACCAUUCAAUCCUUGUUGCCGAUCGGGGUGAUUAAUCUUAUUCUUCAGAAACAAGCUUCCCGACGUAGUGAGCUUCCUUGUACAUCUCAGGAACUUCUCUGUAGUUAUAUCAAAACUUAGUAUAGAUGAUGCCUGAAAUAGGCAAUCUGAGUGUAAACAAUUAGCAUCCAGAAUCUGGUUAGAGCCAUCAUGAGCUCCCCUAUUCAGGGCAUUCUUUAGAAGCUUGGCAUCCAAACGUGCCACAAAACAAGCUUCGACUUAUAAGUUAGAGGUUUUUUUUUUUGGGGAAGUUUAGCUCCCUUAAGUUACUUCCCUGGCGAAGAAGAUAAAAUUGUCUGUACAUUCAUUUCAUCCCUCGAAAACAAACACCUUAGGUCCCCAUAUUCAGAAAAGCUACUGCAUUGCCAUAUGUCUGUUCCCUUUUUGUCCCCAUUUUGCGAUUCUUUAUCACGGAACUCCUGGUAUGGCUAUCAUAAAGGUGUUGAUAAUUUUUUGAACCCCUCCUGAAUGAAUCGCCUAUUCAUUUUCUGCUGUCGCUAACUAAGCCGCGCUUCCUUUUUUGAGGAAUUUCGAGAUGGCUAUCAUAAAGAUGUCGAUUAUUUUCUG